AUGUCAUCAUCAACAAACGAAAACUUGUUAAACUCGGAACUCGAGUCUUUUCGACAGAAAUGGCUCUCAGAUCUCAAGACCAGAAACGAACAUCCAGAGCCACCCGCUGAGACAUCCGCAGCGGGAGGGUCGUCCUCAUCAAGACGACCUCAUCAUGGUCCCAUCUCAUCGCUGCCUCACAGGCCUGGUCCUGUACCAGCGGAUGACGGUGAAGAUGAAGAGGAUGAUGUCCAGAGCCCUUCUUUUGAUCGGGAGGAACCUGCUUUGACACAUCCAACUCAGGAAGCCCAUCAUGAUCGCAAGGGAAAGAAGCUUGUUUCUGCCCUUGAUCAUUUUGAGGAGGCGAUGCAUAAAGAAGGACAGGGUAAUAUGGGCGAUAGUCUCAAACUUUACCGCAAGGCCUACCGCCUCGAUAAUGGUGUUGAUCGGAGAUAUCGUGAGAAGCACUUCCCUCAAAAGUCAGCUCCACGACCUGUUUCGCCCACAGCUACCAAAGCAUCUGCCCCAGCAUCUUCCCCAACAAGUACGCCAGAGGCACCACAACCCCCCAAACCAGAGGAACCUGUAGAGUCAAAGCCUCUACCAAUAGGUGAACUCAUUGCCAGUUUCGCCGGUUUGAAGAUUGAGCCAGCUCCGCCUCCGGUUGAGGGUAUGCCAGAGCCGCCCUGCCCUCUGGCCGAUCUACCUGAUGAAAUUCUUAUUCACAUCCUCCGUGACAUCGCUAUCGCAGAUGUUGGAGAUUUUGCUCGGCUAUCCCGCGUGUGUAGGCGCCUAGCCUACCUGGUUGCUUCAGAACAGCGUAUCUGGCGCCGUGUGGCUCUUGGUUCAGAAGUUGGCUUCGCCUCUCAACUGUACCGCUUCGAGAAGGGAGUUGAGUGGGAUGAAUUACCAGAAGACGAGCAAGAAGGCCCAGAGAUCCAAGAUGGCUUUGUCGUAAGCCCCUCUGAGCUUGCGCAGCGCAGAAAAGAUGCCAAUAUCGCUUUCACCGAGUCUUUAACGCCAUCUGUGUACCCUACUUGGAAGACACUCUUCCGAUCACGACCACGAAUCCGCUUCAAUGGUUGCUACAUCUCCACUGUCAACUAUGUUCGCACCGGACAAGCCUCAACGAAUCAGCCUACAUGGGGCAGUCCGAUUCAUAUCGUGACUUACUACCGUUAUCUCCGCUUCUUCCGAGAUGGUACUCUUAUCAGUCUUCUCACCACCAACGAACCUGCGGACGUGGUGCAUCAUCUCACACGCGACGAACUCAACGUGCAUCGUGGCGCUGCGCAACCUCAUCUACCAUCGGCUGUGAUGGCCCUCGCUCUCCGCGGCCGAUGGCGUCUAUCAUCCGCUGCCGACAAGGAUGAUCCAGCAACUAUAGAUCUUCCAGUGUCGACAGCUGCAGGCUCACAUGAUCGAGAUCGUGAUCCAGAAGGUGACGUCUUUAUCGAGACCGAGGGCGUUGGGUCCAAAUACAUGUACCGAAUGGACCUCUCGCUUCGAAGCGCCGGCAAAGGUGCCCGUAAUAACAAACUCAUGUGGCGUGGUUUCUACAGCUACAAUAAGCUUACAGAUGACUGGGCCGAGUUUCGCUUGAAGAACGACAAGCCCUACUUCUUUAGCCGUGUCAAGAGCUAUGGGUUUGGAGAAUAG